GCCGCGUCAGCUAAGUUACCGAUGAAUUUGAAGUAACGUCCACGCGAAGCGUGAACGAUCGACACGUGACACGGGGUCAAUGUGAAAAUUUAUCGGAAAAACCGAACGCGAAUUUAUCAUUUCGGCGAUACUCGGUUGUAUUACCGGUUUCAUCAGCCCCCAACGCGCCGGCUGAAGCCUAUGGGAGGUAUAAAAGGCGGGAACAAGGUCACCUUAGCAAACAGAAGUCUCUGAGCUGUCAGCCAAGUUGGACGUACGGACCUCCUGGUAAACCGCCCAAAUAACCUGCUUGGUGUUAGCUUCAUUUCUUUCUCUGCUUUCUGUUUUUCUUUCUUAAAGCAACCAUGAGGAGAAUGGCAUUGUUGAAGAAUAAAUUAUUAAACACGGUGAUAGAGCCGGUUGCCACGGGAAGAAACAAAGUUACCGUGGUCGGCGUCGGCCAAGUCGGUAUGGCUUGUGCCUUCAGCAUCUUAACAGACAAUGUUUCGAGCGACUUGGUGCUCGUGGAUGUAAUGGCGGAUAAGCUAAAGGGAGAGAUGAUGGAUUUGCAACACGGUAGUGCGUUCUUGAAGAACGCAAAGAUCAACGCCAGUACCGAUUACGCUGCUACAGCGAAUUCUAGUUUGUGCGUUGUGACCGCCGGUGCUCGUCAAAGGGAAGGCGAGACAAGACUGGAUCUUGUUCAAAGAAACACAGAUAUCUUCAAAGGCAUCAUUCCACAGCUGGUCAAAUAUAGCCCGGACACGAUUCUCUUAAUCGUUUCGAAUCCGGUAGACAUUCUGACCUACGUGGCGUGGAAGCUUUCAGGCCUGCCAAAGAACCGAGUGAUUGGAAGUGGAACUAAUUUGGACUCCGCCCGAUUCCGCUUCCUUUUGUCGCAGAAAUUGAACGUUGCACCCACAUCCUGCCAUGGUUGGAUUAUCGGAGAGCAUGGCGAUACGAGUGUACCCGUAUGGUCUGGAGUAAACGUUGCUGGCGUCAGGUUGCGCGACCUCAACGAAAACGUUGGUACGGACAAAGACACUGAAAAUUGGGGUGAACUGCACAAACAGGUUGUAGAUAGCGCAUACGAGGUGAUCAAACUAAAGGGCUAUACAUCGUGGGCUAUUGGUUUGAGCGUUGCGAAUCUCGCGUCUGCUAUAUUGCGAAACUCCAACCAAGUUCACGCCGUAUCUACCAUGGUUACCGGAUACCACGGAAUCAAGAAGGACGUGUUCUUGUCUCUGCCUUGCACCUUGGGUGAAAGUGGUGUCUCGUGCGUUGUUCAACAGAAGUUAACAGAGGGCGAGACUGCUCUUCUGCACCAGUCGGCCGAUAUGAUGCACGACGUGCAAAAGGACUUAAAAUUUUAAAUAAUUCGUUUCGUUUCGCGCGUUGAAACAACUCUUUCUCCUAAACAAAUGGAAUCAAUCAUCUUGUAACUUAAUUUCGUGUGUGUUUAUGCACUCAAAGUAUUGAUUCUUGACAAGCACCUUUGGUUUCUACUUACGGUUUAUUACUUAAGUUCGUAUGGCCAAUGCUUAAGAGUGCUAUUAAAAAUAUUUAAAUUUUAUUUAUAUGUAUAAACACGCCAAAAACACGUUCUGAUUCGAUGAAUGAUAUAAAUGAUUCAAUAGUUAGAAUAAUCUUUUGUAUAAAGAAAAUGUGUUCGCGUGACCACGAAGUAUUAAUUACUGUUGUAUCGAUGUUUAACAUUUACGACAGAUUUUAUUGCAUUCAGUUGGUUUAAUACGACAUUAUAUAUUAGAACAUACUAAUUAUAUUAUUAUCAUAUAUAAGUUAUAUGAUACAAUAAUUCUACGAUGUAUGUAAUUAUGAUUUGACGCAAGACAAGAUAAUUAAUCGAUAAGUCGAAGUACAAAUAUGUACGAUAAACAAUUAUCAGCCACGAUACGACAAUCGGACACAACUUGAAAUGGAAAUUUAAAUUGAUUCGUAAUUUACGUUUAUCUUAUACUUGUCAGAGAUAUCAGAUGAUUCUCAAAAAGUUCAAUGUCUACCUCACGAAACUCGCAUAGACUGAUCUGUAUUUUCAUACGAAA